AACCCCAUAUGUGUCCUUUUAUUAUUGGCUUAUUCCUUUUUGCCUUCUCUCUUCCGUUUCAUCAAUAUUUUUUCUUUUGGUCUGAAAAAUCUCUUGAUCAAUUGGUUGAUUACGCCGGUCGUGUUUGUUUUCCGUGGUGUGGGAAGGGAGGCAUCUUGUAGAUGGAACCGGGGCUGCUAUCAAGGAGAACGCCAUGAAAAUCGCCAUGUCGGAGAUUUUCCUCUUGAGGAAGAUCAAUCACCCCAACAUCAUUCGCUUCAUCGACAUGAACGAGUUUCGUCUUCUUUUGCUCUGUCUUUACAUGAUUGAGAUGUUGGUAGAUUACGCCGGUCGUGUUUGUCGUUGAACCUAAUGGAAACUCCGGUGAAGCUCCGGCGGUGGAAUCGUCGAGUGAUAUCUUCCAACGGUGUGUGACAGAGGAUUCUUCUAGUAAUGAACCAUAAUCUACUCUAAUAUAGUUAUUGAAUCUUUAUUCCGUGAAGCCGUUGAUAUGUGUAUUGGUUUAAGGUGGUUGGGAGAAGACCUGGAAAGCAGGAGCAACCCCAUGGGACUUGCUGGACCAACUCCGAUCAGUAAACAUCUCGCUGAGACGGGUUCAUUGCCUAAAGGCAGAGCUCUUGUUCCUGGUUGUAGAACGUAUGUUCUUGGACAAGGACACAGCUUUCUUAAAUAUCUUAUGUUGUGUGCUUGCCAGCAAUGAAACAUUGCAGGUUUAUGAUGUGGUGGCAGUGGCCUGCCCUGAUCGUCAUGUGGUUGGAUUAUCAAAAACUGUGAUUGAAAAAUCAUCAAAGGUGUCAACAGUUCAUCUUUGCCCAAUGCAAAUUUCUUUUGUGCAUUUGAAGCUAGUGUGAGACCUCCAUGGGCACAAAGAAUAGAAAAGCUUCUGAAACCAAGUGGAGAGCUUAUAACAUUGAUGUUUCCUAUGGAUGAGCGUUCUGGGGGUCCUCCUUACAAAGUAUCUGUGUCUGAUUACGAGAAGGUUCUGAUUCCACUGGGAUUUGAGGCAAUGUCCAUUGUGGACAAGGAACGUGCUAUAACACCACGCAAGGGUUUUGAAGCAAGGUUUCGCUUGUUCGUCGCGAUUAUCGCCCAUGGCGAAACCAAGCCGUGGCCGUCGUUCGCCUUCCGUCUCCGGGUCUUCAUCUCGGUCCAGCUCCAGAUCUCGUUCGAGUGGGUCCAGGUCUCUUUCCCGUUCGAGAUCGCUCUCUUCUUCUUCGUCUCCUUCGCGGAGCGUCAGUUCAGGGAGUCGUAGUCCUCCACCCCGUGGAAAAAGUUCUUCUGGGCCUGCUAGGCGAGGUCGCUCUCCGCUUCCUCCUCCACAGUCUAAAGGAGCCUCUUCACCCUUUAAGAAAGCCGCACCUAUUCAAGAAUCUCUUGUUCUCCAUGUUGAUUCUCUUAGCAGGAAUGUGAAUGAAGGCCAUCUCAAAGAAAUAUUUGGCAAUUAUGGUGAAGUUGUACACGUAGAACUUGCGAUGGAUCGAGCUGUUAAUCUUCCAAAAGGAUAUGCUUAUGUUGAGUUCAAGGCAAGAGCUGAUGCUGAAAAGGCUCUGCUGUUUAUGGAUGGUGGCCAAAUUGAUGGAAAUGUUGUUAAAGCCAAGUUCACACUACCAGCGCGUCAGAAACUAUCUCCACCUCCUAAACCUGUCUCAACUGCACCAAAGAGAGAGGCUCCAAAAUCUGAUAGUGCUGCCAUUGAGAAAGAUGGGCCCGGGCGCCCAAGAGAGACUUCUCCAAGAAGGCGAUCACCUCUACCUAGGAGGUUACCUGAUUCUCCCCCUCGCCGGAGGCCGAGCCCUCCUAUCCGCCGUCGUGGUGAUACACCGCCCAGACGCAGGGCAGCAUCGCCACCUAGAGGCCGUUCUCCAUCUUCUCCACCUCCAAGAAGACAGAGAUCUCCUCCAAGGGGCUCCCCUAGAAGAAUCCGCGGCUUUCCUGUUCGAAGACGGUCUCCUCCUCCUCUAAGGCGAAGGUCACCUCCAAGGAGACUACGCAGUCCUCUCAGAAGAUCUCCAAUCCGCAGGCGUAGCCGAUCCCCAAUUCGUAGGCCUGGUCUCUCUCGUUCAAGGUCCAUCUCACCCCGCAGGGGACGAGGUCCAGCUGGGAGACGUGGAAGGUCAUCUUCUUCUUACUCUAGUUCGCCAAGUCCCAGAAGGAUUCCUAGGAAGAUUUCGAGGAGCCGCAGUCCUAAGAGGCCACUGAGAGGAAAAAGAAGCAGCAGUAGCAGCAGCUCACCGCCUUCUCGCAAAACAUAACAAUGUAAUAAAAAAACAUAUUAUCUCUCGGCUGAAGUUUUGCCAGUCAAAUGAGAGUUGUGGCUUUUGUAGUUUUUAUAGUUUUGGAUCUUUUAAGCAUAUUUUGUGCAUCUCCAGCUAUAGAACUGAUUUGGAUUUCAGUAUAGUCUUAUGAGUUAAAGACGAAGAACUGUUUGUUUCUUUUUUUCUCACCAGCGUGUUAAAAAGCAAAGAGAACUUGUUGAAAUGUAAUAAAUGGGAUGAACACGAUCUUGUUAGGUGUUUU